AGCCUUAGCCAGUUGUUUAGGAUAUAUAUAUAUUUAUAUAUCUUGUUUUCUCUGGAGCAUAUUCACGAGAAAUGGUCUCCCGUGUGGUGUGGUUCAAACUUAAGAAGCUUUUAAUGCUGGAAAAUAGUUUUCAACUCACCGGUGUUGUACAAAAGAAGGUCUCAGCUUACCUGUGAAUGUACAGUAAUGGAGCCGAGCUACAGAGUGGACAAGUGGUCCAACAGCACAGGACUGUCAGACUCUCCAACUAAGGAUUGGACCAUGAGUGUCCCACCUGGCAGCGUCCCAGAUGACUACAAUGCGUUCAUGCAACAAAACAAGCUGGAGCAUCAGCGAAGGCUUAUUGAAGCCAAAAACAAGAAGAAACGACAGGCAUCUGGAAUGAUGCAGCCAAAUGUGGACCGUCCAAACUCUGGGAGAGACCGACGAAACCGUGAGGAAUCGCGGCCGCUAAUGACAUCAAACCCCAAACCAACAACGCCAACCAACUUUGCAUAUGAUGGUCCCGCCGGCAACUUAGAUCUCAGUGGCUCAGAUAACUCCACCACUAUGGUUCAGGUGGUGAAUGUGACGUCAGGAGAGUCAAAGGACUUCAGCGACAGUGAUAGUGACAUACCCACGAUAUCAGCAGGGAAGGAAAAUGGUAAAAAGAAGCCGAGAUCUCCCCAGGCUAAUGGUGACUCUGACACGUACAACAGACAGCACAAUGCACCCAGCAUGUUGAACCAGGAGUAUGACGAUGUGGACGAUGUGAGCGUGCCCAUCGCUCCACAGCCUCCCCCGUCCCCACUUCCCUCAGGCCAGGCAUCUUACCCCACCCGUGGUGACCAGCCCACAGACCAGGAGGUCAGAGAUGCCUUACCUGGAGCUGGGGCAAUGGGCCGCGCCUUCACACCCGAUGCCACAGAGAAUCUGGACGAAUUUGUGCUGCGUCCAGCCCCUCAGGGUUCCACCAUGAAGUGUCGCAUUACCCGUGACAAGAAGGGCAUUGACCGCAAUGUCUACCCCACCUAUUACCUUCAUGUUGAGAGAGACGAUGGCAGAAAGAUAUUCUUGUUAGCAGGGAGAAAGCGUAAGAAGAGCGCUACUUCAAAUUACCUUAUCUCUACAGACCCCACAGAUCUGUCCAGGGGAGGCGAAUCUUACAUCGGCAAACUAAGAUCAAAUUUACUUGGCACUCAGUUCACGUUGUUUGACCAAGGUGACAACCCCAAAAAACCUGUUGGAGAUGGAACAAAUGUACGAAGGGAGCUUGUCGGUAUAGCCUAUGAAACAAAUGUCCUGGGAUUCAAAGGUCCUCGUAAAAUGACAGUUAUCAUUCCGGGUAUGAACUUAGAUCAUGAACGAGUGGAAAUCCGACCACGCAAUGAUCAUGAUGGUCUUAUUGAGAGGUGGAAGAGGAAACAAAUGGAGAAUUUACUGGAGCUACAUAACAAAACACCGGUGUGGAAUGAUGACACCCAGUCCUAUGUACUUAACUUUCAUGGCAGAGUGACACAAGCUUCAGUCAAGAAUUUCCAGAUAGUACAUGAUAAUGAUGUGGAUUACAUUGUGAUGCAGUUCGGCCGUGUAUCGGAGGAUGUAUUUACCAUGGAUUUCAAUUAUCCUAUGUGCGCUUUACAAGCAUUCGGAAUAGCACUUAGCAGUUUUGACAGUAAACUGGCUUGUGAAUAAACUCUGUCUUGGCAGCUCUUUGUUUUCAUCCCAUGAACAGUAACAACGUUUCUUCAGCAUGUUUGGCUAGUCCCUCCUUUCUUUAAUUGUUCCAUGGCUCCAUUUUUCUUUACUGGGGAAUCACUGGUUUACUUUACACUGAAGCCCUGUGCGCUUCUGUGUGAACAUUUUUGAGACACUAAACAAAUUGAACUAAGUCUGUUUUGGCUUGAAGAAGGAUGGAUAGAGAAUUUUGUUCAUCCAGUAGCGCAGUUUGUUUGGGAAUAUGGAAAGACGGUCAGAGUUUGUGUCUGUAUGAGCCUGUUCAACUAAUCUGUAGUCCAGGAUUAGAUUCACAAUGCCUGUAGAGCAUUUCUUUAUGAAGAACAGAUGCGUCAGUAGAGAAGCGGAUAAAAAGAUUGAAGAACGUUUAUGUGUGAAGAACGUUUAUGUGUGAAGAACGUUUAUGCGUGAAGAACAGAUGCAUCUCCAGAAGAACCCCUUUUGGUGCAAUGUCCAUCAGAAUGAGAUUGAUAUUUGCUGAAAGAAUCAUCACUAAGGCAGUGUCUCGAGGAAUGGUCCAAGGUGUUACCUCACAGGGGAAUUGUCUCAAGAAGUUUUGAAUGUUUGAAAGAUGUACUACAAGAGGACUUGGGUGUACACACCCUUGGACUGAUCUGGGUCCACCUUUAUAAAACUUUGUGAGUCUGUUUCAUUGCAACAUUUUUUUUGUAAAUGGGGCUGUAUAGGUCAACAGGACUUGAAGCCACCAGAUUAACAAGAAACGUGUGGCAAGAGGAGAUUAGCAAAGUUUCUGUGAAGUUAGGUUGAGGAAAAUAUGGAUUAUAACAGGCAAUGUCAUGUGAUAGAAAUGGCUGAUUGGCAUUAAAGGCAAAGAAAAUGCUAGAAUGACAUAUAUUGCAGAUGAAAGACCAUUACACACUC